AUGGCAGCUGUCGUGCACCUCUGCAGGCACGGCCAGGACGAAGACAACCGUGAUGGACUUCUCAACGGCCGCCGGGACCUCCCGCUGACGCAGUUGGGACGGCAGCAGGCGGCGGCUGUGGUACAGCGGCUGCAGCAGAGUGGCAUUGCAUACGACGUCAUUCUCGCCUCGCCGCUGCGGCGGGCAGACGAGACUGCACGCAUCAUUGGUGCUGCGCUCGGCGUUGCUGUCACGAAUGACAAUGAUCUUCUCGAGCGCGACUUUGGGGUGCUGGCGGGGAAGCCUAUCACGGAGAUCGCAACAUAUGCCGGCGACAAUGUUCUUCAGGGCGACAAGGUGCUCUACUUCCUCUCUGUAGAGGGGGCGGAGACAUUUGACGACUGCUACGCCCGUGCUGCCCGUUUGUUGCAGCGUAUAGAUGCAGAGUUCACUGGGAAGCGCGUGCUGCUUGUGUGCCAUGGUGACAUCGGAAAGAUGCUGCAGGCGGUGCGGCGUAAGAUCACGUGGCGGGAAGCUCUCAUGCUGCCGUACUUCGCCAACACGGAGGUGCUGGAACUCUGA